AUGAAGGAACUAAACGAUAUUGUCUUGGCCAACCGUCCUCACUUUUUAAGUGGCAAGUACUUAAACUACAACAACACCACAAUGGGCAAAGUCGAAUACGGCGACCAUUGGCGCAACCUUCGCCGCAUAAGCGCUCUUGAAAUCUUCUCCUCUGCACGCCUCACUUCCUUAUUUAGCAUCCGAAGAGAGGAAGUCAUGGCCUUACUGCGUAGACUUCACAGUGUUUCAAGGGAUGGUAACUAUGCUAAGGUGGAGUUACGGUCCAUGCUCUUGGACCUAACGUGUAAUAUUAUGAUGAGAAUGGUUGCAGGGAAGAGGUAUUAUGGAGAAGACGUUAAGGAAAUUGAAGAGGCUAGGAUUUUUAAGGAGAUCAUGGAAGAGUUUGCCGAAUGUAUUGCCAUGACAAAUGUGGGGGGUCUGAUUCCAAUGUUGCAGUGGGUUGAUUUUACUGGCCACUUGAAGAAGUUUGAUAUACUAAGUAAGAAGAUGGAUGUGUUCUUACAGGGACUGGUUGAUGAGCAUCGAGAUGACAGGGACAGAAACACUAUGAUAAACCGGUUUCUCGCUUUGCAAGAAGAACAGCCUGAAUACUACACUGAUGACAUAAUCAAAGGCCAUGUUCUGAGUUUCAUUCACAAAAAAGGGAAACAAAACCACAAAUGAUGCCUAAAGCCACCUGUUUUUCUCUCCACCGCUUCAUCAAAUUUUGUGUCAACGUAUUAAACAUAGCUAUGUCAGUUCAUCAAGUUUUUUUCUCAACCUGACCUAACCCAAGUUAAACUC